AUGAAGUUAUCAUCCGUAGCUAUCUCUGCUUCUGCCUUGGCUUUGACCGCGUCGGCAGCUAUCGUCCCGUUACAGUCCCCUACCAGCAUCAAAUCCAGAUCAACUCAUCAUGACGAACACAAUCGGGACCAUCGCCCCGCAAAGCCACUCAUGAACAUGCGUCAGAAGGAGAGCCGAAGAAGCCGCAUCCGAUCAAUGUACCUCGACAACAACCGCCACAUUCACGGAUCUGACGUUGUCGUGGAGUCUUAUCGCGGACAUGGACACGAUACAGUGGCCAUACCUCUUCAUCAUCACUCGGUCGAAUACGUUGAAGGCCGGGUUCAUCGCGAUCACAAGCGUUCAACUUAUCACACUUAUCUCCCAGGAGCUCCUUAUACCGAGAUAACACAGGUCAGAACUCAUAGACCCAAAGUUACUGUAAUCAAUGAAUACGUACCUGGUCGUGCUCACACAAGUAUCCAUGAACACGUUCACUAUCGCCGCAAGUUCCAACAUGGGUCACAAAGCUCAAAUUCUCCCAAGCGGUUUUCCGUCAAGCACGGUAAGCCGGGGAAAUCUGCUUCGCGAAAGGGAGACUCAGAGGCAAAUAUGAGUGACUCCAAGAAACAGAAGCACUCAAAGGACUCUUCUGAUUCCGAGCUCGUGUCCAAGAAACAAUCGCAUGGAAAAUCCGCUAAAGCCAACAAAAAGUCUGGAAAACCAAGUCACCUAUCCCAGCGUUCGCUCGUGGACCCUGCUACCAUUACUCAGAGCGGUGUACCUGGAUUUAUCGAAGUUGCGACACCUCUCUUCAAAUCGGCCCUUGCUAAGGCCAUCUCCGGUCUCACGUAUUCCAUGGGAAACGGAAGUACUUUUGAUCUCGGUACAUCAAAUACCCAGUCUACACAAUUCUUCAUGUCCCCAAUGAACACAACCAACGGUCAAAUGGUAUAUCGACUACGCAUACCAAUCCUUGAUAGCUCAGCCUUCGAGACUGUCGAUCACUGUGCCACAUUUGCCAUCUCGCCACCUGGUCCUCUUUCUCUCAAAAAAUGUGGCCCUGUUCCUGGAUGUUCUCAACUCUUUUCCUACGAUUUGAAUACUGGAAAGCUUCAACCUAUCUAUGGUAUUGCGGAAGAUGAUUCGAACUCCAACUCUACAUCUCAAGCCACAAAUUCAAGCUCUUCUUCAUCCUCAGGCACAUAUCGUAUGACUCAAAUGGGAUCGUCCAUGAACUCAACCUCAAUGUCAAACUCUUCCACAUCAUCUGACGUCUCCAAUUCAACUAUGUCUAUGUCCUCUAACACGACAGCCCCAUCAAUGGAGUCAAAUGCGUAUCAAAAUGCGGUCAAUGCGUCUUCAGCUUCUGGUAACAUGACGAGCCCCUCGCAAAAUGGGACAACCCAGAGUAACACGACGAGUGGAACUCAGAGAUUUGCAUCAAACAACAACCCUUCAUCAUCAAACGCACCCUCAUCCCCAUCAGACGAUACUCCUGCAGCUGGUACAGUCCUUUACUUUGUCCCUGCACAAGGAUUCUAUCAACCACCGGGAACCAUUGAUGAGCUCCCCAAGAGUAACAAAUGA